ACGCUCUUUGUCUUAACAGGAAAGUGAAACUGAGUGGCAGUCAGACUGCUGUUGUGUAGCUAUUGCACAGUCAGUCAUUCAGAUUGGGAUCUGGUAUCCGGUUAAAAACCAAUGCUUGAGUAGCUUCAGGUUACUGGGAGAUAAUAAGCCUGUGGGUCUGACGGAGCAACACUUGUGGAGAUCGUGGUUAGCUUAUAUAAUUCAACAGGAACACUAUGGCAUCAAAACUGGAGGCAGAUCUUCACUGUCCUGUGUGCUAUGACAUCUUCAAAGAUCCAGUCAUCCUGACCUGCACUCACAGCGUCUGUAAAGCCUGUCUGCAGCAGUUCUGGCAGACCAAACCAUCCAGAGAGUGUCCAGUCUGUAGGACGAUAUCGGCGCCACAAGACGAGCCUCUAACUAAUCUCACACUGAAGAAUCUGUGUGAGUCUUUGGUGAAGGGGAGAGGUGAGAGAGCCUUGAUGGGGUCUGAGGUGCGCUGCCGCCCCCACAAUAAGAAACUCAAGGUCUUCUGUCGGGAGGAUAGAGAGCUCGUGUGUUUGCUGUGUCGAGACUCAAAGCAGCACCAUAACCACCAUUUCUGUACUCUAGAGGAAGCAGUACUUGAACAUAAGAGGAAGAUAGAGACCAACCUAAAGCCUAUAAAAGAGCAACUGAAAGCCUUUAAAGAAGCAAAGAUAAUAAGUGACAAAACAGCUAAAAAGAUUAAGACUCAGGCCCAGCAAACAGAGAAACAGAUCAAGGAGGAGUUUGCAAAGCUUCAUCAGUUUCUACGAGAUGAAGAGGCAGCCAGGAUAGCUGCACUGAAUGAGGAAGAGGAGCAGAAGAGUGAGAUGAUGAAGGAGAAGAUUGAGAAGAUGAGCAGAGAGAUCUUGUCUCUUUCAGACACAAUCAGAACCAUAGAGGAGGAGAUGGGAGCUGAUGAUGUCUCAUUUAUGCUUAACUACAACACCACAGUGGAAAGAGCCCAGUGCACACUGCAGUAUCCAGAGAAGGUUACAGGUCCACUGCUCCACGUGGCAAAGCACCUGAACAACCUGCUAUUCAGAGUCUGGGAGAAGAUGCAGGACAUGAUUGAAUACGCUCCUGUGACUCUGGAUCCCAACACUGCACACCCACAACUCAUCCUGUCUGAGGAUCUGACCAGUGUGAAAUGGGGUGAUGAGAAGCAGCAGCUUCCAGAUAACCCAGAGAGAUUUGAUGAGUGCGCCAGUGUCCUGGGCUCUGAGGGCUUUGACUCAGGGACUCACUGCUGGGAUGUGGAGGUUGGGGACAGUAACGAGUGGGACGUCGGUGUGAUGGCAGAGUCAGCCCAGAGGAGGGGUAGAAAUAUGGACGAGAAUGUCUCCAAACGCUGGAUUGUGCGCCACUCUAAUAAUGAGUACACGGCACGUUCUGGAAUGGUGUCCUUCCUGCGUGUACUAUUUAAUAGGUCAGACAUUCCCCUCACAGUCGAGCGGAACCCCCAGAGGAUCAGAGUGAAGCUGGACAGAGACAGAGGAAGAGUUUCAUUCUCCGACCCUGAUAAUGACACACACCUGCACACAUUCACGCACACUUUCACCGAGAGGGUGUUUCCCUACUUUAACUCUACGUUUCCCAUGAAGAUCUUUCUGAGAAAGCCGGCCAUAACAGUAGAACAGCACAGGAGAAGAAGAGGGCAGCUGAAAUGUCUCCCACAGUGGAAAAUGCCUGACUUGAAGGCCUACACAUGUUUGAAUGGGAAUGAGCAGGAGAGAUAAGCAUCAAUGUUCAAGAAGUUCAUCUCUGAGACUCCGUCUCUGUAAUUGUAAUCUUCUCGCAGUUACCCCUGUUUUCCACUGGUUUCUUCCGCACUAAAUUCCAUCUGCAACACUAGCUUUGUUUAUACUGUGGGCCAUCAGCCCAGGAACUUUGGCCUAGGCUCACGAGCACUGGGGCUAGAGUUCCUCCUGUGUUUACAUUAUCAUGGGUCAUGUAACCAACUGCCAGAGGCACUGCGCAACAUUCCAUGAACAGAUUUAAAAAAAAAAAACAACAAAAAAAAAAAAACACUCAAACGUUACACAUCAAACGGAGAAGUUCUGCUUAUUAUAACCUUUUUACAGCCGUAAUGUAGGCUAAAAUAACACUGUAAGUGAGUGUUUAAAUGUAUGCAAAUUAUGCAAACAGUGUCAGUCGGUUAUCUAACAAGUAUGUAACUGCAACACGACGACAGAAAUGAUAGCCACCAUUGUAAAGGGCUCAACAUGCUUGUGGGUCAAGUCCACGGUGUAGCUACGCCACCACUCCUACGGCGUCGUGACCCACUUUAUGGUUCUGCAUCGGGUUGCUUUGCAUCGCGGUGCAUGUCGCCUGUGUCUGCAUUGCUCACCACCGAAAACAAUAGACUGUAGACGACGGUACUCAGAUUGGCAAACCCCAUAGACUAUCGUGACAAAAUAUUAAUCUUAUUUGUUUGGGCUUUUCUUGCUUAGAUUUUGUACAAAGUAUCGAGAAAUAGACACAGUAAAAUCCAUUAACCUAGUUACUGUAACCAGCAAAUAAGUCUGAGGUUUAAGUUAUGGUAGCAAGCGAACUUUAGCACAACUGCCCACAAAGUACUGCUUGCUGGCGAAGUGCUAAUUUCAAAAUGUGACUGACAUAGACACUUUACAAACGGAUAACCCUGUCAUUGUAACCAAAAUAUGUCUGAGUUUAUUUGCAAAGCUUAUGUCUGUGAACUCAAUACACAGGACGAGUUGACCAAUCACAGUCCUUGCGGUCUGCGUCGCCUCGACGCAAAGUUACAAUGUUUUGGAGGUGCACGUUGAGCUAUGGCGGAGGGGUCGGGGCGGGGUUUGCGAAGACGCAGAGGGGUCUGCGGGGGUACGCCUUUGAUUCGACGCAGAAGCAUAAAAUAGGCUUAACAGUCAAUGGUUCCUUUCCAACCUGUUGAGCAGCGGCAUAUGUCAGACGUGUGUGUUGUUGAAAUUUGGGGGAAAUUAAUUUAACCACGCUGCCAAGAGGCCUGGGAAACAAGAUUGAAAUGUGUGUUUUUGCUAGGAUAUACAAAUAUAUAUAUAUACCAUACUUUGCUAGGAAUACAAAAUAAAUACAAUAAAAAUACAAUAAAGACUAACAAAGAAUAUGCCUUUUGAAGUCCACUUUCACCAGUAAUAUCAAAGUUGAGCUGACUAAAGUGUGAUUGAAAUAUAACCUUGCUUAAGCAAAAUGUAAUCAUGCUAUGAAAAAUUUAAACCCUGCUUGAGUAUAGAAUGUAUUCUUGCUAUGGAAGUAUUCAUGCUAUACAAAUGAAAAUGUUUUGAGUAUGAUCAUACAUAUAAUCAUGUUUGGAAAAUAAUCAUACUUUGAAUAAGAAAUGUGUGUUAAGGGCUCGCAGUCGUACAUAGUAGAACAACUUAUCUGACUUUUUGACUUUUCGCUUCUUUAUGCUUUUAUUUUGAACUUUUAUUUUAUUUGGGGCAUUUUUACAUAUUUCUUUUUCUUUUGUAUUUUUCUGUAAUCCUUUUUAUUCUUGUAUAAUAAACUACUUCUAGUAAGGAAGAGUUGAAAGAC